GAGCCUGGAUCUGUACGCCCUCCGCCUUUCUCCUUCCCUUUCGGCACCUGAGGAGGAAGAAACGGAGCGAAGAGGAGCGAAGGGGAGUUGAUCCGGCGAGAGCGGGGGGUGGAAAGGCGAGGAACCAUGUCAGGGCGGCCGAGAACCACCUCCUUUGCAGAAAGCUGCAAGCCGGUGCAGCAGCCUUCGGCGUUUGGCAGCAUGAAAGUUAGCCGAGACAAAGAUGGCAGCAAAGUGACCACAGUGGUAGCAACUCCUGGACAGGGUCCAGACAGGCCUCAAGAAGUUAGUUACACAGACACCAAAGUGAUUGGAAAUGGAUCUUUUGGUGUUGUAUAUCAAGCCAAACUCUGUGAUUCAGGAGAACUGGUUGCCAUUAAGAAAGUUCUGCAAGACAAGAGGUUUAAGAAUCGAGAGCUUCAAAUCAUGAGAAAGCUCGAUCAUUGUAACAUUGUCAGAUUGCGCUAUUUCUUUUACUCCAGUGGAGAGAAGAAAGAUGAGGUAUACCUUAAUUUGGUUCUGGACUAUGUUCCUGAAACAGUAUACAGAGUUGCCAGACAUUAUAGUCGGGCCAAGCAGACACUCCCGAUGAUAUUUGUGAAGUUAUACAUGUAUCAACUAUUCCGAAGUUUAGCCUAUAUCCAUUCCUUUGGAAUAUGCCAUCGGGAUAUAAAACCACAAAAUCUUUUGCUGGACCCCGACACAGCUGUCCUAAAACUUUGUGAUUUUGGAAGUGCAAAGCAGCUAGUUCGUGGAGAGCCUAAUGUCUCUUAUAUCUGCUCUCGGUACUACAGGGCACCAGAGUUGAUCUUUGGAGCUACAGAUUAUACCUCCAGUAUAGAUGUUUGGUCUGCAGGCUGUGUAUUGGCAGAGCUGUUGCUAGGACAACCAAUUUUUCCAGGCGACAGUGGUGUAGAUCAGUUGGUGGAAAUAAUCAAGGUCCUUGGAACUCCUACAAGAGAACAGAUUAGAGAAAUGAAUCCAAACUACACUGAAUUUAAAUUUCCCCAGAUUAAGGCACAUCCAUGGACUAAGGACUCGUCAGGAACAGGACAUUUCACCUCAGGAGUACGGGUCUUCCGGCCCCGCACUCCACCAGAAGCAAUAGCGCUAUGUAGCCGCCUGCUGGAAUACACCCCCACUGCACGCCUGACUCCGCUGGAAGCGUGUGCACACUCUUUCUUUGAUGAAUUACGGGACCCAAACAUCAAAUUGCCGAGUGGGCGAGAGAAACCUGCACUCUUUAACUUCACCACUCAAGAACUGUCAAGUAAUCCAUCUCUGGCUUCGACCCUCAUACCUGCUCAUGCUCGGAAUCAAGCAGCUGCUUCGACCCCGACAAAUGUUCCAGCAGCCUCAGAUGCCAAUGCAGGAGAUCGAGUUCAGACCAAUAAUGUAGCUUCAGCAUCAGCCUCCAACUCCACCUGAACUGGUCACAAGCAGCAACCUGUACAGGAACAAUCGCCAGUAAUUUUGAGUCUUGCUCAGCAACGCUGGUCACAUUUGGAAAGAAAAUUU